AUGCCAAAUAGAUCGUUUUUCUUUAAAUUUGUUAUAUGUGGAUCUCCUUUUUGUAUUUUUUUAUUUAAUGAAAUUAAUAGAAUAAAAAAUUUUCGAGAAAAUGAAAGAUUAAAUAAAAAUUUGUUUUUAAAAAAUUUUGAUAAAAAUAUUAUAAAAAAUAAAGUAAAUAGUGAGAACUUCAAAGAAAAUUCUUUUCAUGUAAGUGAUGAAAAUGAAAAUGAAGCACUAAAUUAUUUUUAUGGAAAAGCAUGGGGAUAUACUACAGAUUACGAAAUUGAUUUAAGUUUAAGUACAGGUGAUUUGAUUUUUAUUAAGCAUGAUUUGGACUAUAUAAACUUUUUUAAAAAAAUAUUAUUAAAAAUAAAUAGAUAUUUCCAAUGUAAUAAUGAUUAUGAUGAAAUAGGCAUUAUCAUAAAAAAACAUAAUGUUAGUUAUGUUUAUAUACAGAACAUUUUAAACAAAAAGGAAAAAUUAAUACGUUAUUCCUAUUUUUUACAGAAGUAUAAACCUUCCGUUGUUUCACUGAGAAGAUUAUUAUGUAUUGAUGAAGAUAUAAAAAAGAAAUUGCAUAUAAACAUAUUAGAAAGUAUAAGGAGGAAUGAAAUUAAUCAUUAUUCUAUUUUUUUUAAUACAUUAUACAAUAUUUUAAAAAAAAAAAAAAGUAAUAGGGAAUCUUCUAAAAAUUGUCUUUACGAUGAAUAUAUGUGCAAAAAAAUAAAUUCUAAUAUAGAAGUAAACAAUUUAAUUAACAUGUUUUUAUUUAGAUCCUUUAAUUUAUUUUUUUAUUUCUUAACUUACAUAAAUGAAGAAAGUUUUAAAAGAGUAUCUCAUAAGCAAAAUGUACUUCUAAAAAAUAUUGAUUCGAAUAAUGUAAUUCUAUUAAAUAAUUCAAAAUUUGGUAAGUCAUUUUUACAUUUUUAUGAGUUUCCUUUGAAUUCUUUGACUCAGUUUCCGUUUAUUAAAAAAGAUUAUGAGUUGAUGAAGAAAAAUAAUUUUAUCUAUGAAGAACCAAAAAGAAAAAUACAAAAAGAAAUAAACAACUUUCUUUCACUUUUAAUAGAAAAUGAAUAUGCAUUGAUAGAUUCCCUUGAAUAUAUGAAUAAAACACUAAAAAAAGAAAAGAAAAAUGGGGUAAAUAAAAAUAGGAAUUUCAUUAAUUCAAAUAAUUUUAUUGAUAAAAUGAGUUUUUAUUUUGAAAAUUUCUUUAAGUUAAAAAGUAUUUCUUUGGCAAAUUAUCAUGUUUAUGAAAUUUACAAGAACACUCAUUUAUUACCACCAAUAAAAAAUUAUAAUUCUUUGCCAUUAUUUUUAUGCUUAAACAAUUUAUGCAAGCCUAUGAAUCCACAAAAUUUACUACAUGAUAAAUUCAGCAUACCUAAAUUAUCAAAUUUAUUUCAUGUAAGACAAGAAGAAGAUGAAAAACUACAAAAAUAUUUUUAUCAAUUUAAUAAAGUACCAAAAUCAUAA